ACGGCUACCCACGGGACGAGAUCGUGUACAAGUGGAGCCGCAACUCAGUGGAGACCUCGGACCAGAAAUACUGGAGGCUUUACCAGUUUGAUUUCAUGGGGCUCCGAAACACCACGGACGUGCUCACGACGACAGCAGGCGACUACGUGGUGAUGACCGUGUUCUUUGACCUCAGCAGACGGAUGGGCUACUUCACCAUCCAGACCUACAUCCCCUGCAUCCUGACUGUGGUCCUCUCCUGGGUGUCCUUCUGGAUCAAGAGCGACGCCACGCCCGCAAGAACGGCUCUGG